GUCGGUGGUGAUGCGGUGGGUUCACGUUAUCAGCGAUUGGGGCACACCUAGACGCGUGUUAGCAGCGUUCAACGGUGAUGAUAACAUUCACUCGUGAUCGCAAUACCGCAGUGACUACCUCGAGUUCGAGACACAAUGACUGAAAAAAUCGACGGAUUUUCCAAAAAAUGGAUCAAAAUUUUCCUCUGCAUCACCUGCACGUUUCUUUGUUAUCUGGGCAUAGUGCUGAUUACGAUGAGCAGUGUCAGUAUGAUACAGUACGAAACGCUUAACGUAUUUAUGGAACCACGAGUGUAUCGAUUGAUUCUGUUCCUGGUGCUAGUGGCUGCACUUGCCUUGCUGUUAGCUCUUGUGGGAUUCAUUGGAACUUUGAGAGACAGUCUUCCGACCCUGUACACGUUCUGCAGCCUGUUGUUGGUCUUUUCCCUUAUGGAGGCCUCAGCUGUUUAUUUCGGUUACUCCCAGCGCCAUCAGAUCGAAAAGGAUAUGGAGGCAAACCUGUGGUUAUCGGUAAACAUGUAUCCCGUGGACGUAUCCUUGCAGCCUUACAUGGAUAUGCUACAAAUGCAGAUGCAGUGCUGUGGCGUUAACAACUACACCGACUGGCUAAGAGCACUGCCUUCGGAUGAGUUCACACCGUACGAUAUGGAGCUGGUGGUUCAGCAAGUUCCAUUAUCGUGCUGUGAUCCAUUCGACAAUAAAGGCUGCACAUUGUUUCAAUCUGGAUGCCACACUAAAUUAUACAGCAUUUUCUAUGAGAACGGGAAAACCGUUUUAGUGAAUACGCUCGGAGCAGUAACACUGCAGCUUUUUGCGGCGAUUUUUACAAUCUUCCUGUUGCGCAAGCUAAGACAACUCCCGGGCAGUCAGGAGAAGAAACAGAUUGACCAGCAGAAUGCUUUCGGUUAUUCCAAAAUGCACGUCGUCCAAGAUGGGGCCAGUGGUGCAGUGUAGCGGGAAUAUUCGGGAAGUGGGAAUAAGCAGCAGUAAAAUAAGUUUUCUAUGAGCCUCCGUAAAAGGUGUUCCUGCUGCAAUUCUUAUCUCCGGCAAGUGAUAAGCAGAUAACGAAGUAUUAGUCAACGCUGCAGCAAAGCGAGCUGAUAUCAUAAGCUCGCUCGCUCUGCCAACUUUGCUAGCAACCGAAAAUUGCACACGUUCUAGAAGAAACAAUUUAGUCGAGGCCAUAACGCCUUCGUCUGCUUUCAAUAAAGGAAAUAGUUAUAGCAGAAUUCAUAAUUUAUAAAUUAGUGUCGUCCGCUAUUUAUUAACACGGAAAAUAGCCAAAUAAAAUGGUUAAAAAUGUGUGC